AUGGACGUUAUAUCCGAGCCCAGCAAAUCAAAUCUUGAAAUAAGCAUUAUCGUGGUGGGUGGCACUGAUGACACUGGCGAGUGGUUCGACAAGGACAAGGACAGUUUUGCGAAUGAUUUUCCAACUGCUCGUUUAAUACUUUGCCGCUGGAGUAGGGGGCAAUCUGAUGAGAACGAUGAUGUUGGUCGAGAUCUUCUCGAUUUAAGACUCGGGAUAUUUCAUCAAUUCAAUCCAAUCAUCUUCUUUGUAUACAGCUCAGGGUACCCUGCAUUUGAGAAGGCCAUUGGGUAUUUUGAGAAACGUGGACUACCGCUUCUAUCGAACAUAUUUGGAGUGGCUUUCAUACCUGAAACGGAUGAGGAUAUUCCUCUAUGUGCUUUCCCACUGCUCCAGAACAAGUUCAAGAUCUUUUCUGGCACCAGACGACAGCAUGAUUCAGCUACAAUCAGACAACCAACUAUUAUGACAGGGAUCAUCUGCGACAACCUGACGCUCAAUGAAAACACAGGGUCAAAGUACCGUCAGAUUCGCUCUAGUUUUCUGCAGUGGGCGAGAGAAGUGGAUUCACCUCGGCAGGCCGCAAGCGAGCGGCCAUACCCUACAUUUGGGAAGAUCCAGUUUAACGGGGCUAUUUCCGGAACCAAUGUCUAUAACAACAUUCGCAUACCGCCAGGAUCGAACAUAAAUUUGACAUUUAAGUAGGUAUCUCAUCUUCAACCUCCACGGAUACGGUUAUACAAGUAUCAGGUCAUAUUCUAUUUGCGAUAUUAUUCAAUAGCUCUCUGAGUUGCAGUAGGCCUCUAGAGGCAUUAUGGGCCAGCCGAUCUUCUCAAUUUUAAAAUGUAUCCUCC